AUGAGGUAUCGUGGGGAAUCGGAGACCGUUGUCUCCGCCCAGUCUCCUUCCGAUGAGAAGGUAGACGAGAAGCAGGUUAUGUCUUCCGCUGACGAGGAACUCAAUGGAUUCGAACAAGCGAUUGAGUCGGAGCUCAAUGUCACGGAACAGGAUCUCAUUGAGGCUAAGGCUACCGCCGAGAGCAUGACUCUCGAAGGGGUCAAGGCUUUGGUCGAAAAUGUCUACAAGAUUCACAGCCGCGAUCCGAACUUCCCACACUCCGUGUUAAUGAAGAUUGAGGAGUUCCUCAGCACCGAAGGUUUAUUUGAGAACCCUGAGAAGCACGAAGAACUCAUCUGGGAGAUGAAGCUCGAGGCCGCUCUUGUUACCAACAACUCGCCCUACGCUGAGGUUCGUGGUGUCGUCGAGAAUCACGAUGAUACCUCUCAACCUUCCUCCACUGUCCGAGCUUGGGCCAUUGGUAUCUUCUUCUCCGUCGCAUUGUCCGCUAUCAAUCAGCUAUUCUCUGUGCGAAAUCCUCCGAUCUCCGUCACCUCCAACGUCGCCCAGCUUCUCGCUUAUCCUAUUGGCAAAGCUUGGGAGAAGGUUAUGCCGGACUGGAGGUUCACCCUCUUUGGUGUCCAGCACAGUCUCAAUCCGGGCCGUUUCAACAAAAAAGAGCACAUGAUGAUUGCACUGAUGGCGACUGUAGCCCAGAGUCUGCCUUAUACGCAGUAUAUUGUCUGGACUCAGGUGCUACCGUUCCAGUUCAACCAACAAUACGCCCGCAGCUUCGGUUAUCAGAUUCUUAUCGGACUUUCGACCAACUUCAUUGGCUAUGGCCUUGCUGGAUUGACUCGAAAGUUCCUGGUAUACCCUGCAUACUGUUUGUGGCCUGCAUCGCUUGUCACGAUCGCAUUGAACGCCGCCCUGCACAGAGAGCAGAACACCCCAGUCCUUGGCCCCUUCAAGAAGAUCUUCCGGGCUUCAAGGUACAAGUUCUUCAUGCUGGCUUUUACUGCCAUGUUUGUGUAUUUCUGGUUCCCAAAUUUUAUCAUGCCAGUCUUGACUUACUUCUCCUGGAUGACAUGGAUUUCCCCCGAGAACCAUACUUUGGAUGUCUUGACGGGCUUCAACGCUGCUGGUCUAUUCAACCCACUUCCUACUUUUGACUGGAACAUUGUAGCCUACACCGGUACCGACCCUCUGAUGAUCCCCGCUUUCUCAACCUUCAACACCGUUGCCGGUGGUUUCAUUGUAGGACUUAUCAUCAUUGCUGUAUACUUCACAAACACUUGGAACACUGGAUACAUUCAGAUUGUCGACAACCAUGUCUGGGACCACUUCGGUCUGAGAUACAAUGUCUCGAGAGCAAUCGAUGCGCACGGCAUGUACGACCAUGAGAAAUACAUGCAAUACUCCGCUCCAUAUCUCGGCGCCGCCAACACUCUGAUCUAUGGUUGUUUCUUUGGUGUCUACGCAGCGGCGAUCACCUAUGUAGCUCUUUUCCAUCGCUACGAGAUUGUGAUGGGAUUCAAGAGUUUGGUUAAGGUUUUCCAGCGCAAGAAGAAGACCGCCACCACCGAAGGCGUUGCAGAGAUUGAGGGCGAGUACAGCGAUGUCCACAUGAAACUCAUGAGCAAGUAUCCUGAAGUUUCAGAGUUUUGGUACAUGACUGUCCUCGCUGUCGCUGCGGCAUUUGGUUUUGCCGGUGUAUGUGCCUGGCCUACAUAUACGACGGCCGCAGUCGUUCCGUACGGUGUCCUGCUGGCUCUGAUCUUCGUUAUUCCGGUUGGAGUCAUCAAGGCCAUGACCGGUAUUGAGGUUACAUUGAACGUCCUCGCAGAGUUCAUUGGUGGAAUGUUCUCUCAAGGCAAUGCUCUCUCGAUGAACUACUUCAAGUCGUUUGGCUACGUCACUUGCGCGCACGCCGUUUCGUUCGCCAAUGAUCUGAAGAUGGCUCACUACUUGCAUAUCCCUCCCUGGCACACGUUUGCUGCUCAGAUGGUCGGAACACUCAUCAGCACAUUCGUCGCUACUGCAGUCAUGCAGUACCAGAUCAACAUCGAGAACAUCUGCACGCCUAAGGCUCCCAUGAGACUGACAUGCCCGGGACCUUCAACCUUUUUCACCGCUUCCGUGCUAUGGGGAACUAUUGGCCCUAUCAAGGUCUUCGGCCCCGAGGGUCAGUACGGAAUGCUGCUGCUAGGUUUCCCUCUCGGCGCUAUUAUGGUGGUCUUAUAUUGGCUUGCCACGAAGAAGUGGCCCAGCAGUCGCUGGCUUCGCCAGGUCCACCCUGUUGCCCUGUGGUACGGCGGUCUCAAUUGGGCACCCUACGGGUUCUCUUACAUCUGGCCAUCUGCACCUAUUGCUUGGCUCUCCUGGAUCUAUAUCAAGCCACGUUACCUCGCUUUCUGGUCUAAGUACAACUUUGUCUUGUCCGCCGCCUUCUCCGCUGGUAUUGCCAUCUCAGGCAUCGUCAUGUUUUUCACUGUCGGGUGGUACAAUGUCGAUAUUGAAUGGUGGGGAACGACUCAGCCCUCUGUCGGUUGCGAGGGUAGUGGCUGCACUCUUAUGACUCUAGCUGAGGGAGAACGCUUCUACCCCUGGUGGAACAGCUGGGUUGCUGCCCCGUAA